AUGGAUGAUGAAACUACAAUUCAUCGAUCAGAAUAUUCUGAACAACGUAAAGUAUAUUAUCAUGCAAAAAGUCCAACAAAUUAUGCAUUCAAAGUGCAAAUAGCUUGUGAUUUUCAUCUUCGAAUAGUACAUGUACCCAGAGAAUCAGGUUUGUUAGAACAUACACAAGAAGAUGUACAAAUUAUUACUGAUAAAGAAUAUAUAAGUGAACAAUAUAUUUAUUACUUCGAAAAAAAACCUUGUGGUGGUCAUUUAACAGCUAAAGAUAAAGAUUUCAAUCGAUCUAUUUGCAGC